AGCGUAGGCACCCCGGUGAAUGGAAAGGUGCGGCCGUGCUUAUUAGUAUUACGUACACACAGCAGCAGCGGGAGACGCAGAGCCCGAACCAGAAGCAGGCAGAGCAAUGCAAAAGGAGAAAUAAAACCUUGAACAACUAAUCUUUUACAACAUUGUACGUGGAUUUCGACAGGAAAAAAACCCGACUUGAAGCAUGAGCGAGGAGAACACGUUGACGUUGACUUGCGAGAACCGUUCUGAAUGAUUGAAGAUCGUGGGAGAAGAGGUAAUAAGAUGGCAGAAAGAAGACAGCUGUUUGCAGAAAUGCGGGCUCAAGAUUUGGAUCGCAUUCGAUUAUCUACCUACAGGACGGCGUGCAAGCUCAGAUUUGUACAAAAGAAAUGCAAUUUGCACCUGGUGGACAUCUGGAAUGUUAUCGAAGCCUUCAGAGAAAAUGGUCUGAAUACAAUGGACUCCAACACUGAGUUCAGCGUGGCUCGCCUGGAAGCAAUACUCUCCACCCUUUUCUACCAGCUGAACAAACGCAUGCCAGCCACCCACCAGAUCAACGUUGAACAGUCCAUCAGCUUGAUGCUCAACUUUCUGCUGGCAGCUUAUGACCCGGAAGGCCUUGGCAAAAUUUCAGUGUUUGUUGUAAAAAUUGCUCUGGCAACAAUAUGUGGAGGAAAGAUUUUAGACAAAUUAAGAUAUAUUUUUUCACAGAUUUCUGACUCCAGUGGCAUAAUGAUUUACUCAAAAUUUGACAUGUUUUUGCGGGAGGUACUAAAACUGCCCACAACAGUUUUUGAGGGCCCCUCCUUUGGGUAUACUGAACAGGCUACCAGGUCGUGUUUUGCCCUGCAGAAAAGGGUAUCGCUCAACACUUUCCUGGAUAGCCUCAUGUCUGAUCCCCCUCCUCAGUGUCUGGUUUGGUUACCAUUAAUGCAUCGUCUGGCAAACGUAGAAAACGUCUUUCACCCUGUAGAGUGCUCGUAUUGCCACAGUGAGAGUAUGAUGGGCUUUCGCUAUCGCUGCCAGCAGUGUCAUAAUUACCAGCUCUGUCAGGAUUGUUUCUGGAGGGGACAUGCUAGCGGUUCCCAUAACAACCAACACCAAAUGAAGGAAUAUACAUCAUGGAAAUCUCCUGCUAAGAAGUUAACUAAUGCGCUUAGCAAGUCCUUAAGCUGUGCUUCCAGUCGUGAGCCUUUGCACCCAAUGUUCCCUGACCAGCCUGAAAAACCUCUAAACUUGGCCCACAUUGUGCCUCCGAGACCUGCAAACAGCAUGAAUGACACCAUGUUCUCUCACUCUGUUCCCAACUCAGGAAGCCCGCACGCAAAUAAAAGCUUGCCUCACACUAAGAAUAAUGAAGUAGAACAGAACAAAAACUUGGCUAGGGCUGCUCCAGCUUUGUUGAAAGGGAAGGGGUUAACCUACAGCCUAGAUGUUGCCGAUAGACUUGCUGAUGAACAUGUUCUCAUCGGGCUGUAUGUCAAUCUGCUACACAGCAACCCCACACGUGUGCUGGAGAGCACCAGCCGCCUGGAUGAAGAGCACCGGCUGAUUGCCCGGUAUGCAGCCAGGCUGGCAGCUGACGCGGCUUCAACGCAACAAGCACAACAGCAGCGGGCUGCUUCAGACAUUGCCUUUACACUCGAUGCAAACAAGCAACAACGGCAGCUCAUCGCAGAACUAGAAAGCAAAAACAGAGAAAUCCUCCAGGAGAUUCAGAGGCUGCGUCUGGAGCAUGAGCAGGCCUCCCAGUCCAGCCCUGAAAAGGCACAGCAGAACCCCACCCUCCUAGCAGAACUCCGACUUCUCAGGCAACGGAAGGACGAGCUGGAGCAGAGGAUGUCUGCUCUGCAGGAGAGCCGCAGAGAGCUCAUGGUUCAGCUCGAGGGGCUCAUGAAACUUCUGAAGGAGGAAGAAAUGAAGCCGUCAACACAAGGGGCAGGCUCCCCUCGCUCGUCUCCCAGCCACACCAUCAGCCGGCCCAUCCCUAUGCCGAUUCGUUCUGCAUCCGCCUGCUCAACGCCAACCCACACACCUCAGGACUCUCUCACCGGCGUUGGAGGGGACGUACAGGAAGCCUUUGCUCAGGGCUCCAGGAGGAACUUAAGAAAUGACCUGCUGGUGGCAGCUGACUCUAUCACAAACACCAUGUCGUCACUCGUGAAGGAGCUCAACUCAGAAGAUGGCAGUGGGGAGGAGGAUGAGGACAUACUACUGAAUGGACAGGACAGGGAAGCUGGCAGUGAGACAGAGAGUAAUGUGGACUCUGACUUCGGGCGUGCUCACUUUGAUGGCCUGGUCCCGUCUCCCAUCUCGGAGAAGGCUUUCCUCGCACAAAUCCACGCCAGGAAACCAGGGCGUCUCCACAGCGCCUCAGCGACUGGCACUAUCCGCAAGGACCUUGGAACGGAAGAUGGGGACGAUGAGAGCUACGAGAACGACUCGGUCCGCCAGAUUGAGAACGAACUGAAAAUGGAGGAAUUCCUGAAACAAAGACAGCAGGAGACAACCUACAUGAUGAGCUGUGGCCAAACGGACGAUGAGAGCUACGUGAGGACCGACGAUGAGGAAAGCUGUAUCCGGACGGAUGAUGAGGAAGGGCUGGUGGCCCAGAGCAAAGAGUGGAACGAACACAUGAAGCGUCUCCUCAAGAAAAAAAAGCUACAGUGAUUCUGAGAAGGAGAGCACUGUAACAGUUUUAAAGAUUGUAGUUAGCUGUGUGUUUUAAGCCAUCUAGAAAACGUUUUUCUUUAAGCUGUUCUUUUUUUAAUGACAGCAUCUUCAGUGACGUGUUUCAAUUGAACUAACAGGGCACAGGAGACCAUGUCCUGGUUCUGCUGUUAGAAGCAAUGGCAGUAUUAUUAUUAAAUAAAUUAGUACCUAGAUCUUUUGCACAUAUGAUCAAUGCUCAGUUUACACCUGAAAAACUAGUAUACUUUUUUACUAGAAGAGUUUGAUUUCUAAAUGAUUUGUAGUUUUUGUAUAGAACAGGUUGUAAUAUCAGAAAUAAGAAAAAAAUACAUAUAUAUGUAUUUUUUUUGCCUGAUACAGAAUUUCCAACACUAACAAGUGACACUGCUUCAAUAAAAUUAUAUAUAUAUAUAUAUAGAGCAAAGAGUGGAACGAACACAUGAAGCGUCUCCUCAAGAAAAAAAAGCUACAGUGAUUCUGAGAAGGAGAGCACUGUAACAGUUUUAAAGAUUGUAGUUAGCUGUGUGUUUUAAGCCAUCUAGAAAACGUUUUUCUUUAAGCUGUUCUUUUUUUAAUGACAGCAUCUUCAGUGACGUGUUUCAAUUGAACUAACAGGGCACAGGAGACCAUGUCCUGGUUCUGCUGUUAGAAGCAAUGGCAGUAUUAUUAUUAAAUAAAUUAGUACCUAGAUCUUUUGCACAUAUGAUCAAUGCUCAGUUUACACCUGAAAAACUAGUAUACUUUUUUACUAGAAGAGUUUGAUUUCUAAAUGAUUUGUAGUUUUUGUAUAGAACAGGUUGUAAUAUCAGAAAUAAGAAAAAAAUACAUAUAUAUGUAUUUUUUUUGCCUGAUACAGAAUUUCCAACACUAACAAGUGACACUGCUUCAAUAAAAUUAUAUAUAUAUAUAUAUAUAUAUAUAUAUAUAUAUAUAUAUAUAUAUAUAUAUAUAUAUAUGUUUGUUUUUAAUCAGCAACAUAUCGAAGUAAAAACUGUGAACCAAGUUGGGGAAUCUCGCUAAUAUAGCUGUCUACAUACCACAGGUGGCAUAAAAUCAGAUACCUAUUAAGAGUUUUUUGUUUUUUUUCAAUCUUCCAUUACAUUGUAUGUGUUGAUGCUUUUAAGUUGAUCCAAGCAUGUCUUCUCAGCAGCAAAGUUUUUAUAUUAAAUAUUUUGUUUUCAGGC